AUGGACUGGCUCAAGCUAAAAAGGAGCGCCUUGAGAACUCAGUCCUUCUGGGAGCAGUUUGAGAGGGCGGUGCACGAAAACGACACCCUCUCCGACUCUGAGAAGUUUCUGCACUUGCGGUCGUCACUUUCUGGGAAGGCUGCAUCGGCCAUCGACGGCAUCCAGGUGACGGGCGCUAACUACAACACAGCCAUCGAGCUCCUUAAAGAGCGCUUCGGUCGACGAGACGUGCUGAUACAAGAACAUCUGACUCAGUUGCUCGAGUUGCCACCAGUACGCAACGAGAAUGAGGUUAUCGGCCUACGUCGACUCUAUGACCAUCUGCAGCGCAACAUAGCCGCUCUCUCAGCGCUCGGAGUCAAAACAAAUGGCUACGGUGCCCUGCUCUGCUCCGCACUCUUGCGAAUGCUGCCAUCGGAACUAGUAGUCAACUACCACAAGGAACUCUCCGCUGACAGCAAGGAAGAAUUAAGGGAUUGGCAUCGAGAGUUUACGAGCUUUUCUCAAGACCGAAGUGGAGAGCUGAGAGAAGGCACUGCAGACUGGCCAUAG